GCAGUUACUUUGUCAGUCAGUUUCCUGAAUCUCGACCCAGUUGCGGAAAAAGUCGAAAUUUGUUGAUUGAGCAAGAGGGGUGAGUGCAAUCUCUGCAGAUUGGACGCUUCACACAGAGGGAUAACUUACUCCCUCGUUGAUGAAACCUCUUUUUGUAGCCAUGGAAGUAACGCAAUUAGCUCGUAGUCUAAAUUAGUGCAUCCACGCUGGUAGCGCCCUGCGCCGUCUCUGAUGUGACUAAUUCUCAGAAUGGCAAGAGCUUCAUAGCAAAUUUUUUCAGGCAGUGUCGGAACAAGUAAUUAGCACGCCAGGGUUCCUCUGCAGAUAUGUCGGAGUUGGAGGCCGUGGACUCCAGUGAGGGGGUUGGACGCCUCUCCACACAAAUCAUCCCUCAUUUGCUCAAUUUAUACAAUUCUACUUGUACUCCACAAGACUUCGAGAUCUACACUUCGAAUGCAGUUUUUGCGGAUCCAUUUAUGAUAGCCCAUGGAGUGGGACAGAUCAAGUCUGCAUUCUACGCCAUGCCCAAGGUAUUUUGGGACAGCACGAUACUUGAUUACAAAGUUGAGGAGGACGAAACCAGCCCUACUUCUGGAGAGAUACGUAUUCAUAAUCUACAACAAUACAAGCUCCUACAACUGGGCCCGUUCGGUUACUACCUUACCUUGCAGUCCCUUAUCAUACUGACGGUGGAAGCAGGAAAAGUAACCCGUCAUGAAGACCGAUUUGGUGGAUAUCGACUUUGGGAUAGGCAGACUGUGCGAGUUCCUUUGGUUGGAAGAAUGGCAGAAACCGUGCGCCGGGGAAGUAUGUUGGUGUGUCAUGCUCUUAUGGGCUUCGGAAGGGAUCAUAAGACUAAGAACAAAGCCUCUGAGCCUUCCUUCCACUUGAAGGUUUCAUAGAUAACAUUCACAAGUGUCCAGAAAUGACCUCUUAUACAAAACUAAGCACUACUGUACUCUAGCUGGCACUAUUACAGGCUUCUUAUAUUGCAGAAACCAAGGUUUUUAGCUCACUAACUUGACUGUGUGUGUGUGUACAAAUUAGAUAUACAGUAAAUUGAUUAUGUACACGAGAGUCUUACAAUAUUGAUGCAUGAUCUCUGAGACCUAGGUACACCUUAGCUUGUCUGCAGCUUCAUGACUAAAUGAAAGGGUUUAAUCCUCGUAACAUGGACAAGGUGGGAGCAUGAAGUUGAACACACCCCCAGAUUGCCGACUUA